AUGAUUUUUUUGCAGACUACGGAGGGGACGCAAGUUGCUCCGGGCACCUCCAUGGUAAGAAACAUGGGUUCUCUGUUGACGAUGGAGAAAGGCGUUCGGAAGGCCGGAGUGGAAACAAGUUUUCUUGACUGCCGCCUCUGCUUCCGCCCCUUAAAGCCUCCUGUCUUCCAGUGCAAUGGCAGGCAUUCAGUUUGUGUCACAUGCCUUACCGAGCUCCCUGGCGGACAGUGCCCGAUGUGCAAGCAUGGCGGCGGAGGCUUUGUUCCCUGCCUUUUAAUGGACGACAUCGUCUCGUUGGCAACGAUAAAGUGCUCCCACGGUGGCUGCCAGAGCUACGUCACCUACCAUGAGCAUGACGAUCACCAUAGUGCGUGCCCACACACACCCUGCUUCUGCACGGAGCCCGGCUGCAGCUUCACCGGCCCGCCACCGGCGCUCCUCGGCCACCUUGCCACCCUGCAUUCCUGGCCUGUGCACAAGAUUGAGUACGGCAAGGUUCUCUGGCUUCAGGUUCCGGUGUCAGAACCGCGGCGUCUGCUCCUCGCGGAGGACGGCAGCGUGUUCCUUCUUGUUGUGGGCUUGCUCAAUGCGAUCACUGCUGUGUCAGUGGUGUGCAUCAGGGCCAGCACGUCAGCGCUGCUGCAGUACCCAGCCAUGAUGUGGGCAUAUGGUCCGCCGGACGUUGCAGGCGGCAGAUGUAUGGUGGACACGCCGGCGGUGACGAGCAGCUCCAAGCCCUGCGAUGUUGCCGUGGAGAAGCUGCCAUUCUUCUUGGUUGUGCCGCCUGCGCAUGUGUUUGGGGCUGGGGCAUCCAAGGAGUUGUCUCUUGAGAUUCGAAUUAACAAGAUGUGA